UCCCCCCAACCCUUCCCUCCAACUCCCUUCCCCAUUCUGCUCCUCCUUAGAUGUGUUUGCAGGGACGAGUGCCGAAUGGGGAGACAGACCAACUCGUUAGAUCGCUUUGCGCAAAAUCCACCCCCCUUCUCUCUUCUCCCUCCCCUCCAGCCUCUGGAUCCCGCACAGCCCUCCCUCCCCUCCCUACAGUGGUGUUGGGUUGAGGAUGUGUCUCUACUACUAAGGCGAAAGGGGGCUACAAACAGUGGAUAAUGUCAGAUGCCCAGCUCUCCCCUUCUGCCUGAAGCUCCUCUCUGGCUGCACCAGGAUUGGUCUCUGUAAGAAAUAGCAGGAACUGUGGUAGCGGCGGCGAGAGGAAGCAGCUGAGACGCGUGGAACCUGGAAAAGUCUGGGUGCUCGCUGUUACCUCACAACGAGGUCCCAGCCAGGCGUCAGCACCAUGGACAGCAGCACCGUCCCCACGAACGCCAGCAAUUGCACUGAUCCCUAUUUGCACUCUUCAAGUUGCUCCCCAGCACCUAGCCCGGGUUCCUGGGUCAACUUCUCCCACCUAGAUGGGAACCUGUCCGACCCAUGCGGUCCUAACCGCACGGAGCUGGGCGGGAGCGACAGCUCGUGCCUUUCGACCGGCAGUCCUUCCAUGAUCACAGCCAUCACCAUCAUGGCCCUCUACUCCAUCGUGUGCGUCGUGGGUCUCUUCGGAAACUUCCUGGUCAUGUAUGUGAUUAUCAGAUACACCAAAAUGAAGACUGCCACCAACAUCUAUAUUUUCAACCUUGCUCUAGCAGAUGCCUUAGCAACCAGCACCCUGCCCUUCCAGAGUGUCAAUUACCUAAUGGGAACAUGGCCGUUUGGAACCAUCCUCUGCAAGAUUGUGAUCUCCAUCGAUUACUAUAAUAUGUUCACAAGCAUCUUUACCCUCUGCACCAUGAGCGUCGAUCGCUACAUCGCAGUCUGCCAUCCCGUCAAGGCCCUGGACUUCCGUACACCCCGCAAUGCCAAAAUUGUCAAUGUGUGCAACUGGAUCCUCUCUUCAGCCAUUGGUUUGCCUGUGAUGUUCAUGGCAACAACGAAGUACAGGCAUGGUUCCAUAGACUGUACACUCACCUUCUCUCACCCAACCUGGUACUGGGAAAACCUGCUGAAAAUCUGUGUUUUCAUCUUUGCCUUCAUCAUGCCAGUCCUCAUCAUUACAGUAUGUUAUGGACUGAUGAUCUUACGCCUCAAGAGUGUCCGUAUGCUCUCUGGCUCCAAAGAAAAGGACAGGAACCUGCGAAGAAUCACCAGGAUGGUGCUGGUGGUUGUGGCUGUGUUCAUUGUCUGCUGGACUCCCAUUCACAUUUACGUCAUCAUUAAAGCCUUGAUUACAAUCCCAGAAACUACAUUCCAGACCGUUUCCUGGCACUUCUGCAUUGCUCUAGGUUACACAAACAGCUGCCUGAACCCAGUCCUGUACGCAUUUCUGGAUGAAAACUUCAAACGAUGCUUCAGAGAGUUCUGUAUCCCAACUUCCUCCACCAUUGAGCAACAAAACUCCACUCGAAUUCGUCAGAACACUAGAGACCACCCCUCCACGGCCAAUACAGUGGAUAGGACUAACCAUCAGCUGGAAAAUUUGGAAGCAGAAACUGCUCCAUUGCCCUAACUGGGUCUCAUGCCAUUCAGACCCUCACUGAGCUUAAAAGGCACCAUCUCUGUGGAAGUAUGUCGUUGCAGGAACAUGUGGGAGGCUCUAGUUUCCUAGGAAAGUGCCUGCUUCUGAGUCAUCAAAACUUGAUCCUCUGUGGCCACUCCACUCUGCACAGGAGAGGGACAUCUAAACUAAGUGAAGUGCUGGGAAAGAGAGAACUAUACCGCACUGAAGAGUCCGGUUUGUGUACAUAAUCCGAGGAAGAUGCCCAAUAGGACAGAAACACACCGUGGUAUGUGAACUGAGGUCAUCCUAGAAGGUGACUCCUUUGUGUGUAAUAUUUUGUUUGCAAGCAAACAUUGAUGGCCUCAUCAAAGAAAACGCCCAUCAAUUGUUAAAUUCACCAUAGCGACAUGAAAAGUAAAUGCUACCUCUGAUCAAAGGACCUUGUGUGGAAAGUCCAAGACUUUCUAGUCUUCUGUAAGGAAUACUUUCUUCUACUUUUUACCUUUAAUAUUAACCUUAAAAUUAUCUUCUGGUUAAGACAUCAUGUCCACCUUCAAGUCUUGGUUUUGUAUUCUUUAAAAGAAUAACAUCCCUUACCUAUCUCCACAUAAUUGCAAGAGAAGAAAUUAACAUGAAAGGUAAUCUGAAAGCCAGAAAUGUGUCAGCUGCAGAAAGGUUGAUUCUUGCACACUGAAAGUACUUCCUGAGAGUCUUAGUGGGCGAUUGUCCAUUCUAAGGCUUUCAGUGGUUUACUCCCUAGUUUCAGCUGUGCAGUUUCCUUCUUCUAUCUAAGUAUUCAUAAAAGGUAACAGUGGAUCAGUGAGCUCAUCAUUGCAUCUGUGCAGGAAGUCAAGCAUUAAAAUGUACUUACUUUUCAUUUCUCUGUAGUUUCUCCAUACUGCAUGCUCCCUUUGCAUAUUAUUUUCUCUCUUUUUUUUUUUUUAACUCUGCUCAGAAUACUUAUGCCUUUUGAAUCAAUGUGAUAAAAUGACAGGUUUUUUUGGUUGAUUUUCAGAACACUUUAAGCCUUUGGAAAAAUAUGGAUCCAAUAAGCUUAAUCUCAAAACAGAAAGACUCAAAUGACCGUAGAUAAACAUGGCUAAUCUUUUCACUCCUGUGUAGUUCCUUGGACAUGAAGUAUUAACAAUGACCCAAGAAUAUUUUCCUGAAGAUUGUGUUUAUAUGAUGUCACCACCAGUAUGUUGGUCUUUCUGAUCUUUGUUAAAUUAUGUCAAGAUUUUCUUUGUAAAAUUUCAGUCUUAUAAUCAAUUUCUCUAAGACAAUUCUACUCUAUGGUUUUCUUUGUUGUAACAUACAGUAGAGAUUAGGCAAUCACCUGUUUUAUUUUAUCUAUGUAGACAGUCAAGUUAGAUGCCUCAUGCCAAAAAGCCCUCCACUCUGAACUUUUGUCUCUAUUAAUUAGAUGAAUCAAGCACACUGAAGUUAUCUAUGAAAACAUCACAAAAAACAGGGUGCCAGCUUCCCUUAUCAGAAUAUUUCUGACUCUACAGGCUGCCAGUAGAUUCAAUGUUAAAAUCUGUGUCUGUCCCUCAAUACAAUAAGGCACAAAUACGCACCGGACAUCCAGAGGCAAUGUUUCAGGAAGACAGCUGUCUUGGAUCAAGAUAACUAAAUUUACUGUCUCGGAUCUAGUUGGCUGUAGUUAAUGUGGACCCAAUACAUAUAUCCAUUGGAUGAGAAAAAAACAAAAGCCAAGAUAAUAUUUUAUCUUGAAUAUUGAAGUCUUAUAUUGGCCUCUAAAAACCUAUUUCUCAAGUAUCAUGUCCCAGAAUGGAUAUGCAUUAUUUUUUAUUUUUUUUCUGGUCAGAGUAAUUAAAACUGGAGCCUGAAAAAUUUUUAGAAUGUU